ACGAGCAAUUACUUUCAUCACGGGGCGAUUAAACUGUAAAAGCAGCGACGAGGGUGGCGUAUGAGCACUUUCUCAGUCGCACGCUCCCCCCGCCGCCAUCGCUAUCAUCAGUACUGACCGACACCUGUGUCGGCCAUCUCGCCCUUUCAUUAUUAUCGUCUUACUUUCCUCCCAAGAGGUUCAACUCCACCGUGUCGUCCUCAUUCGUGCCUCCGGGCCACUUCUCCCCCUCCCGAUCUCACUCCCAUUCACCAUCAUCACCAAACCCCUACUCACACUCUCAAAGCAAUCAGCAGCAGCGCACUUCAUCACCUCCCAGCUCGGACUUCCACCUCCCCCCGUCGGUCCUCUUCCCCUCUCCAGCCCGGCUCAGGCUGUUGAUGGGCAUUGGCUGGCUCCUCUUUGGCGGUCUUAGCGUACUUUCCAUGAACGCUCCACGCCUAGGAUGGGACUGGAGGACCGUGUUCGGUGCCGCAGCGGGCACGAGCAUGGGGGAGGCGGGUUUGAUCGAGCCCCUGGAGCAAGUCAGGAGUGCAGGAAUGCUAUUCAUGUUUAUGGUUGUGCUCGUCGUCAUCGCAUACUUCACGAACCCGAACGAAGCCUCCUUCCGCACGUUCCUUACUGAGCUCACCUUCCGCAGGCACCUCACGCAGCUACAUAUUCCCUUGGAUGACAAGUCCAAGUCCACAUCUGUCACGGUGUAUAAAGGCACAGGCGCGGGCAGUGCAGUGUCCAAGUCAUCUGACGUGGGCGCUGAAAAAGGUAGCGCGAACAAGUCAUCCCUCUCGUCAAUAGGAGGGAAACAGCAAACUGGGCUUCUAUUUACCAACCGCGCCGCGGUCACCUUCCGUACUGGCCCUCACAAGCUUCGCUCUCUAGGUAUCUUUUCCAUCGGCAUUGUCCAGCCCGUAGUUAAUCCUCCCGCUCCCGGGGAAGUGAUCUCUAAGCCACCGUCCAGCAAGGCCGGGCGUUUGUCCUCCGCCAUCAAUGGCACAGCGUCAACAUUGGCGGAUGAGUCAGCCACCCCUGUGGAGGAACUUCCGGGUCUAUGGAUCAUCGGCACAUUUGGCACAUGGUGGAUUGGCGGUCCGCUCGUCCCUGUACCCCAAAGGAAAGGCAGGGGUAAGGAAAAAUGUAAAGAAGGGAAGACCUCAAGCGCCAAGAUCCUCAGCAUACACAAGCUAAACAACGUUGAGUCUGCUGAAGGGAUUCCUGAGGCUGAUACCCCGAUUUCUGUUCUGAAACUACCUUCCCGCCCGUCAACGCCGCCGCCUUUGCCCAAGUCUGCCUCGCUUCCCCUUCAUGCACAGGAGACACCCAUCGUCAAGCCACAUGACUCAAUACUCAGCCCUGCUCGUACAGCUCUCACGCAGUCUCCAUCCUCGCUUGAUCUGUCUUCCCCUCAUGCGACGUCCCUGCAAAUCACAUCCUCUCUGCCUCAGCUAUUCUCGAAUGAGCCUGCGGUGGUAGCUCUGCUUGCGGAGAUCAAGCGUGCCGAGACGGCGGUAUCAGAAGUGCAAUCGCAGAUAGAUCAACUGCGAUCGCAGUCAACCGAGCAGUAUGAUGCGCUCAACGCCUCCGUGGAGCAGCAACGGGAGCGCAAGCGGCAGGAUGAGGCGGAGAAGAAGGAGCUGAAGAUCAAGACGCGUACCUUAGACGAGAGUCGUCGGCAAGCGGAGAGUGUAAGGAAGGAUGCGGAGAAGAAGCUUCGCGGAAUCCAAGCUGCUAGGGAUGGCGCAGCACAGAAGAAGCAUAGGCUCGAGUGCGAAAUCGAGCAGCUGAAAGAAGCGGUGGAGAGUCAUGGAGAGAGGGUGAAGAUGCUCCAGCGGGAGAGGGAGCGGAAAGAGGUAGAGGCGAAGGAAGAGCUGGAGCAGAAGUCGGAGGAGAUCAAGAGCAAGGAAGUGGAGGUUGCGACUCUGUCUGCGAGAGCACAGGGGUUAGAGGAGAAGUUUAAGCAAGCAGAGGAUCGUCUGAAGCGCGUGCGGGAGGAGGAGCAGAGGCGCCAAGCGAGGGUCAAGGCUGAGCAAGUCGCGCGCGCUGCCAACGCUAUGUUCGAACAGCAGAUGAAGGACCAGCGCAUCAAGCAUCAUCAUGCUGCGCACUAUAAUUCGCCUUUCCGUGGUGGCACGCCACAUGUUCACACAAGGCCGCAUGUUGUGCAUUCCCACACUGCACAUGCGCACCACCAGGCGAGCUUGUUUGACCGUCGGCAAAUGGCUCACCAGCAACAUCCUCACCCACCGCACCUUCAACACCAGGCUCAGAAUAGGAAUGUCUCUGGGCCGCCGGCUCCGCAUACGCCGGACGGACCAAUCUCUCCCACAGGACAGCCCGGAAAUCGCAGCCGGUCGCUUUCGCUCAAGGGGGCUCGUGCCCCACUGCCUGGUAAUGGUUCCGCAAUGCCCUCAGCAACGGCCAGUGCUAUUGCACAGCGGGCAAAGGGAUACUCGAUUUUCGACCAGGACAUCGCCGCGGCAGGGACUACUACACCCCCCCAGCAAACCUUCGGAUUCGGAUUCAACCCAACCAUCGGGGAUAGCAACCCGCAUACACGUGACAGAUUGGCUGAAAACUUACUUUCACCCGCCGCUGCCUCCUUCCUUCCCAGCAAUCUCCUCGUAGAACACAGUCCGCGUCUGCUUUCGGACGAGAGUCCGUACUCUAGUCCCGCUUUCGAGAAGGGUGAAUUCAGUGGCAGUCAAGGCAGUUUUGAGGGCAGACGCCUCUCGCAGCCCAAUGAGCUCACUAGGUCUGCCACCGAAGACUGGCGCGCCGUUGGCAGCGGGAGCAGGCGCGGAUCACAUCCGGAACAUCCAGAUGAACAAUUCAAGAAGGUUCUAGACCAGAUGAUGGAACAAGCUGCUUCCAUCGCUGUUGCCGGGUUAAGCUCAUUUGACCGGUACAAUGACCAGCGGGCCGCUUUUUCUCCUCGUCACGAUUCUGCCCCGCAUAGUCCCAUCAUUCUGGACAAUGACGCCGCCAGUCUGGGCGCUAUUACUGGAGGUGAUAGCAAGAGGCGCUGGUUUUCGUCCUCGAAGAAACCGGCUCUUAACCCGGACGCCAAAGUGUUCACACCACCUGCUUCGUUCAUGGCCUCCACUACCAGCCUGCCGCAGAUGCAUUCGGGAAACGCCAGCUUCAGCUCUCGCUUCAUGCCCUGGCGCGGAUCUGGCCAGUCGGGAACUUUGCCCGCGUCAUUGUUUGCGGAUCUCCCGGUGUCAAGCACGGACGGACCGAGCUUCUUCUCCUCGCUUCGCGCUUUCCAGCCAUCCGCAGACGAGCUUCGUGCGCUGGGCGUUGGUAAUCCUGCUAGUCGCUCGCGGGAGACGGUUAACAGCUUCGGUUCCUCUGGCGGCCUUGUUGACUUGCCAUCUCCGUCCUCGAUCUACGCGCCUGGUUUGCCUCACAUCCCACCUGGACCGUUUGAAAGACCCAGUCGACCCGUUUCUGGCAAUGCCAGCCAGAUUUCGUUGGACAAGUCGCUGGCCAGCACGGCCGCGGCAGUGGCUGCUGCGUGGGAGGCGGAUAGCGUGAAGAACGGGAACGCGCCAAGCAACUCGUCGAACAAGCGCCCGUUUGGCAGGUGGUGGUCCCGAUCCAAAGAGGCUGUGAACGCGGCCGCUGAAGACGACAAGCCGGCGGCCGCACCCGGACCGAUCGAGCGCCCGUCCAAGACUGUUAAGAAAUCGACCACCGACGAAGACUGAUCUGUAAUCCCAAAGUUGAAAUCCUGGCUGUUCUUCCUAUCUCGUUGCGUUGAUCGCGGCUGUCCCUUCGCUUUUAGCUACUGACUAAAUGAUAUGUAACUGCCGGGGACGGACGGAGUUGAUGUUAAGUGUAGAAUGU